AUGUCUCACGGGGCCCCCGCCGCGGGGGCCCUUUUGCAAAGGAGCUCGUCUUCGGAAGGCACGCCGCAGGGUCAAGACGAUGAUGAGAGGAAAGUGAGGCGGAGAGAGAAGAACAGAGUUGCUGCCCAGAGAAGCAGGAAAAAGCAAACACAGAAAGCUGAUAAGCUCCAUGAGGAAUACGAGUGCCUCGAGCAGGAGAAUACCUCCCUGAAAAGAGAGAUUGGGAAGCUGACAGAUGAAAUGAAACAAUUGACGGAAGUCUUGAGAGACCAUGAAAAGAUCUGCCCCCUUUUGCACCGUUCCUUAAACUUUGGCUUGAUGCCCAGGCAUGAUGCCCUCAGUGGUCCCUUGCCAAGAUGA